CCCGGCCCCCUCCGCUCCUGACCAUGCCACCUCCCGCGCCCCCCACAGAGCUGGUGCCGUCGGAGCGCGCAGUGGUGCUGCUAUCGUGCGCGCUCUCCGCGCUAGGCUCGGGCCUGCUGGUGGCCACGCACGCCCUGUGGCCUGACCUGCGCAGCCGGGCGCGGCGCCUGCUGCUCUUCCUGUCGCUGGCCGACCUGCUCUCGGCCGCCUCCUACUUCUACGGGGUGCUGCAGGACUUCGAGGGCCCCUCGUGGGACUGCGUGCUGCAGGGCGCGCUCUCCACCUUCGCCAACACCAGCUCCUUCUUCUGGACGGUGGCCAUCGCCCUCUACCUGUAUCUUAGCAUCGUCCGCACCUCGCGCGGCCCCGGAGACGGCCGCCUGCUUUGGGCUUUCCACGUCGUCAGCUGGGGGGUUCCGCUGGUCAUCACCGUGGCGGCUGUCACUCUAAAGAAGAUCGGCUACGACGCCUCGGACGUGUCCGUGGGCUGGUGCUGGAUCGACCUGGAGGCGGAGGACCGCGUGCUGUGGAUGCUGCUGACCGGGAAGGCGUGGGAGAUGCUCGCCUACGUCACGCUGCCUGUGCUCUACCUCCUCAUCCGGAAGCACAUCAACAGAGCGAGGCUGACACCAGUGCUUGCUUUGGCGACGCUGAUAGCUGCCUUUGGGUCAUCCUUCCAGUAUGGGUACAACGUGGCUGUCAUUAACUCCCCUGCCAAGCCCAUGAAAGCAUUUUAUAACGAGACCUACUAUGACAGGAUCAGUGAAUACAUAAGCGAAUUCUCCUUGACCUUGCUGUGGUCGCUUUCUGUGUCCAUGUUUCCCUUCGGAGGCUUCCUCGGCUCCCUCAUGGUCGGCCCCUUGGUGAAUAAAUUAGGCAGAAAAGGAACCUUGCUGUUCAACAACGUCUUUUCCAUCGUGCCUGCGAUCUUAAUGGGAUGCAGUGAAGUUGCCAGGUCCUUUGAGAUGAUCAUCGUGGCCAGACUUUUGGUGGGAAUCUGUGCAGGUCUGUCUUCCAAUGUCGUCCCUAUGUACUUAGGGGAGCUGGCCCCUAGGAACCUGAGGGGGGCCCUGGGGGUGGUACCCCAGCUCUUCAUCACCGUGGGCAUCCUUGCGGCCCAGAUCUUGGGUCUUCGGAGUCUCCUCGCAAAUGAAGCAGGCUGGCCCACGCUCCUCGGGGUGACCGGGGUCCCCGCGGCCCUGCAGCUCCUCCUGUUGCCCUUCUUCCCCGAGAGCCCCAGGUACCUGCUCAUUCAGAAGAAAGACGAAGCGGCUGCCAAAAACGCGCUGAGGGGGCUGCGCGGCUGGGACGACGUGGACGCCGAGACGCAGGAGAUCUGGGAGGAGGACAAGGCCGAGAAGGCCGCGGGCUUCAUCUCCGUGCUGAAGCUGCUCCGGAUGAGGUCCCUGCGGUGGCAGGUCAUCUCCAUCGUCGUCCUCAUGGGCGGCCAGCAGCUAUCGGGAGUGAACGCGGUACCAGGGCGGCCGGGGCCGGGGGCGGGGAGGCCUCCCCCGAGGGGUCCAGGCCGCCCGGCCGGCCUCACCAGCCCCGGGGGUGGCCUUCCAGAUCUACUACUACGCAGACCAGAUCUACCUGAGCGCUGGGGUGAGAGCACAGGAUGUCCAGUAUGUGACGGCGGGCACAGGCGCGGUCAACGUGCUGAUGACCGUCUGCGCCGUUUUCGUGGUGGAGCUCCUGGGGAGGAGAGUCCUGCUCCUCCUAGGCUUCUCCAUCUGCUUCGCCGCCUGCUGCGUGCUGACGGCCGCCCUGGCUCUGCAGGACACAAUAUCCUGGAUGCCCUACGUCAGCAUCGCGUGCAUCAUCUCCUAUGUCAUAGGACAUGCCCUUGGGCCCAGCCCUAUCCCCGCACUGCUCAUCACCGAGAUCGUCCUGCAGUCCUCCCGGCCGGCCGCCUACAUGGUCGGGGGCAGUGUCCACUGGCUCUCCAACUUCACUGUGGGCUUGAUCUUCCCAUUCAUCCAAGUGGGCCUCGGAGCUUACAGCUUUAUCGUUUUUGCCGUGAUAUGUCUUCUCACCACCAUCUACACCUUCCUGGUUGUCCCCGAGACCAAGUCCAAGACCUUCAUAGAAAUCAAUCAGAUCUUCACCAAGAUGAACAAAGUGUCCGAGCUGCACCCAGAAAAGGAGGAGCUAAAGGACUUUCCGCCCUCUACUGCGGGGCAGUAACUCUCGAGGAGGAGCCUGUGAAUCAAGUUGACCCAUCGCCAGCCCCAAGGCAUAUGCCGGGCAGCUGUCCCUCAACCGUGCUGGGUCAGCCAUUAUGUGGCUCCUGGCAACACCGGCUCUUAUAAUGAAAACCAUUACCGUGGUGUCGAGAUGGAAGGAAUCAAAUGUGGCCAAAGAAACUAAUUCUUCUCUAAUCCCGUAGUCUUCCGGGGGCCACGGGCACACGUUCAGGGUGGAAUCCGUCCUCUUGUCAGAUCCAUCUCCAGAAACGCUAGUUUUGAAAAGUAUGAUGUCACAAGUAAUGAUGUCUAGGAAUCUGGGAAGCGGGUCCCUAUGUAGACUUUAACCAAGUCAGAGGUUAUUAUUGUUCCCAAAUUAUAUUAUUAGAGGACAAUAGAAUGGCCUCUGUAUACUCAAUAAAACAAAUAUGAUCACUUUUC